AUGGUGAUGGUGAUGGCGGCGGCGGCGGCGGUGGUGGUGCUCUGCUGGGCACAAAGGGCCCCAUCUAGACAUCAUAUGCAAAUAAGGUCCACAAGCACAAGCGACCACUCCCCACGACCAGGCUGUCCCCAGUCUGCAACGGCAGCCAGACGGACAGGCCCUAAUUCCACCAGAACCGCCUCCCUCGAUGCGCUGCGGGCCCCGCCAUUGGACACUGUUCAAGUCAAGUUGCUAGCGCAUUGGGAAAAUAUCCACCCCACCACGAGCCCUGAGCCCGCCGCCCUCUUAUUCAUAAGCCCUCCCUCGCACCUUGCCGCGACCCUCGACUUCUCCCUCGCCAUCUCGCUCCCUCGACCUCUCCCACCCCGAGCCUUGCAUUCUCUCCCGUACAAUCGCUACCCCCUGCUUGCACCGACGCUGCGAGCCUGCCACCCCAAGGCCAGUCCCCUCCCACCACCCUCGACAUUGAGUAAGUGCUUUGCCUCCCACGCCCGCUGCAGCUAUCCACACCCCCUCCGGCCAUACGCUGUGCUUCUCCGCCGCCCCUUCUCCUCGAAUCCCAUGCAUUGGUUGGCCAUCCGUCUUACCGCGCCCUGCCCGCUACCCCGCCCUGGCCCAUUCGCUGUCCUGUCUCUCUUAUCAGCGACUGCCGCUUGA